GGCCUCUCCCAAUAGAAUUAUAUCUUCAGUGAUAAUCGGAGUCGAAGGUCGUAAAAAAACAUUUCUAGACAGUAGGCAAACUAUAGUAACAUUUUCAUUUGAACGUAUGGCGAAAUUGUCAGGAUCACGUAUUGCAACACAUACCGACGACAAACUAUUCGUAGUGAAGUUCGUGUUGGUGUUUAUCUUUGGCAAGUAUUUUUUUUCUGCUGGAGAAUCAGCGAAUUUUGCGACUGCCUUGGAUAAAGCCUGUUUGAAUUUGUAUCGUUGGUGCCAUAUGUGCUGGAACAACGUUGAUCAAUAUGUGGGUGAAGCCACAAGAGGUUCUACUGGCAAAUGCUUUCUGGAUAACAGAACAAGCAACUGUAUACUUUGUUUUACAACGCCGUAAAGGGCAUGGAAAAACAAGGAGUCUUAGUUCUAUAUUGGUGGGAACUAUGGAUAGUGUUUUUGACACUAAACCCCCACCUUUUAGAAUACUUCACCAAACACCAUCGUCAGAAGUUUAUUGGGAAAUUGCAUGUUCCUUAACACGUGAAGAAAUCUUGAAAGAUUGGGAAUGGCUUCACUCCAAUCUGAUGGAUACUUUAACAUCAUUUGACACAGAAGAAGAAAUAACCGAAUUUGUUUGUUGCAAGAUACAAUCAAUUAUUGCAAACAGUAUUCCAGAUUGUCAAUUUGCAGAUGAAGAAGAUCCAGAAUCAUUUAAAACUGUAUCUUUCAAAUUUCAUCAACUUUUUAACAUACCAAAAGAGGAUAAAUUAGUCAAUUAUUAUUCUUGCAGUUAUUGGAAAUCUCGUUUACCUAGGCAAGGAUGGUUGUACUUAUCAGUACACCAUAUGUGUUUUUAUGCUUAUAUUCUGGCCAAAGAAACAAAAUUAAUGGUUAGAUGGGCAGAUAUUACGGAAUUGAGUAAAACCAAUUCCAUUUUAUUUCCUGACAGUAUACAUGUUGUAACAAGAGAUAAUAAAGAGCAUUAUUUUUCAAUGUUUCUUCAUAAAUCUGAGACAUAUUCAUUGAUGGAACAACUUACAAAUAUUGCUAUGAAAAGGCUUAUAGAUGAGAAAAGUGGAUUUAAUGAGGAUAGAGAACUCUUAAAUAAAUUAAGUAAAAAUGUACCUAAAAAACCAUCUUUCUUAAAAAGAGAUCUUGAUGCACGAGCACACUCUGAAGCUUACAGAUUACAAUUCAGAUUACCGGGAAGUGAAAAGUUGGAUGGUAGCAUUGAUGUCACUCUAUGGACACCGUACAAUAAAAAAUAUGUGUGGGGAAAAAUAUUUUUGUCUCAAAAUUACCUUUGUUUCGCAAGCAGAGUAAAUGGAUUGGUAAGUUUAGUUAUACCUUUGAGGGAAGUAAAACUCAUAGAACCUGCUGAAAAUCAAUCCAGUACAGGAAUAGACAAAUCCAUCUUAGUAACAACAGCGCGAUCGUCGUUUUUAUUUGCUCAGAUGCACGACAGAGAUUUUGUAGUUCAAAAGAUAUCUGAACUAUUAGGAAAAUCUAAACUAUCAAUUUUGAGUACAGAUAGCGUGUAUACCCACAACUCAUUGCUUCAAAGUGACAGUAGCAAUGAAACUAAAUCUGUUAAUCACUGGAAAUCUCAGCCGCCGUUAAUGACUUUAUUUAAAGCUCCGUUAAGUAACGAAGCAGCGCUAAAACAAGAGGCCAAAGAGAAGCAAUGGGAAUUACACUUUGCAGAAUAUGGAAGAGGUAUCACAAUGUACAGAACAACAGAGACAGCAAAGCUUAUAAUACAGGGUAUACCACAGACACUCAGGGGAGAAGUUUGGCUUACAUUUUCUGGUGCUUUAAACGAAAUGGUAAUGAAUCCUGGUCUUUAUAAAACAUUAGUUGACCAAGCAUUGGGUAAAUCUUGUCAAGCAAAUGAAGAAAUAGAAAGAGAUUUACAUAGAUCGCUACCAGAACAUCCGGCAUUUCAAUCCGAUACCGGUAUCAGCGCGUUACGAAGAGUCCUUUCCGCGUACGCUUGGAAAAAUCCACAAAUUGGUUAUUGUCAGGCCAUGAAUAUAGUAGCUUCGGUUCUAUUAAUCUAUUGCUCAGAAGAAUCUGCCUUCUGGCAGUUAUGUAAUGUCUGCGAAUCGUUGCUACCCGAUUAUUACGACAGAAGAGUAGUGGGUGCUCUCGUUGAUCAAGGUCUUUUAGAAGAGCUAGCUGCUGAAUACUUACCAACCUUGCAUGCUAGAUUACAGGAACUUGGUCUUAUUAAAGUUAUAUCACUUUCAUGGUUCUUAACAAUAUUUUUAAGCGUUAUGCCAACUAGUAGCGCGGUGAACAUAAUGGAUUGCUUUUUCUACGAUGGAGCAAAAGUAAUUUUCCAGAUAGCAUUAACAGUACUGGAAUGGAAUCAAGAUAAAUUGCUAAAUUGUCGCGACGAUGGCGAAGCAAUGCAGUUGUUAACAGAUUACCUCGGAGGUGUAUUCAAUGAUGAAGGACCUGUACUCCCUAGGCCAGUUGACAGUGCUACUCCUAACAGAAGUAUUUCCGUUCAAACUUUAAUAUACGAAGCAUAUUCACGGUACGGCACGUUGACCAUUGGCGGAAUAGAAAGGCUUCGUUUAAAGCACAGACUUAGAGUAGUUCAGAGUCUUGAAGAUGGUAUUGAAAAGAACGUAAUUAGAAGUGUAAUCGUAGACAAAUACAUGACAAUUGAAGAAUUACAGGAUUUGCUGAGUUUAGUGAGGGAGGAAUUAAUGAGUCAACGGAGAUCUGAACCUGAUCGCUAUGAUCCGACACAGCCGCCAUAUGAGGCGUAUAAAGUAGACUUCGAAUUAUUUAGAAUAUUAUUCGGUGGUUUAUCUCCAUGGGGCAAAUGUAGUCAAGCGGAAUCUCUUUCUGCCCGACUAUUUCGUUUAAUGGAUCGUAAUCGUGAUGGUUUGCUAAACUUUCGGGAAUUAGUGCAAGCCCUUGGAAUGACAGCAACCGCCGACUUAACACAGAGAUUGAAACUUCUGUAUACUUUACAUCUACCGCCAUUACUUACACCUGUUGAUUUUGAAUCGCCAGUACAUUCUGAUGGAGCAGAAGUAGCAGCAGAAGCUACAGAUUUCUUUGACAGUAUGGAACAAAGCGUUGCUUCCUUAGAAAUGCCAAUUAGCGUUGCAGAGGAACCUACCGUAGGUACUUUGUCUCGAUCGACAAGUUUAAACAGUCAGCAAGGCGAUCAAUCAUGGGAAAUUCAAAGUAUGGGCAGUUUGCGUUCUAUGAUAGCAUCUAAAGACAGUCCGCUGGAUCUUAAGACUGUACCAAAAAUGUCCCAAGGACACUUCAUAUCACUAUGGAAAACUCUUUAUGACAUGUUCCCUGCACAGCCGGAAGAGCAAGAAACUUACCAUUGUAUAGCUUCAAUAGGAACUCUUUUACUUCAAUUAGGCGACGUCGGUAAAAAAUUUUACGUUGACCGCGAUGAAUCUGAGGAUAGCCUACUUUUAGCCGCUACCGCAGCUCAGCAAACAUCUUCAGUUGUUGAACGAUCGCCCGAUCGAAAUGGAAACCCGUCAAGCGUAGCUUCAUCCACUGAUCCUGAUUGGUCAAUAAGCGUGGAACAGUUCCUGGCAUCUGCCUUAACAGGUCAAGCGAUUGUAGAUUUUUUUAGUAAGAGAGCAAACCUUACCGAAGCGAUUGCAACCUUGAAAAAUCGUCGAUUUAAUCGUGUUCAUUCCUUAUCGGACACUCCCGUGUUAAAUGUAUGAUACGCGGACUCAACUGUGUAUAAAAAUAGUGUAAGAUAUACAUAAAAUUUAUAAAGUGAUAGAUUGCCUUGGAUAAUUGACCAGCGAUUUCAUUUCCUAAGAAAAUUUUUACAUUCAUUACUAAUCGGAUGAACAGACCUUAGUUUGAACUAUAGGUUGGUAACGUGAAAUACUUUUUAUAAUGAAAUAAUAAUUAAAAUAAAUCGAAAAAAUGAUACUUAAUUUUCCGAUACAAAAAUUCAAGUAAUCUGUAAAUUUCACAAAAUAUCACUCUUAUAUCUCCCAUUUAUACUAGAAUGACAUUCUGUAUUGAAAACGUCCAAUUCUAUAAGCUUACAAUAUUCCCCUUUAGUAAGCGUUUCUAUAUCGAUACCGUAUAUAUGCCGAUUUAUCAUGUUGACAGAACCUAUUGUGAUUAAGAGGUACAUGUUUUUCCAAAAAUACCAAUAAUCUUGGACUAUAUGUAAACUCAUUGGCCUACUACUGCAGUCAUGUAUUCAUUAAAAUUGGAAAAAAUGAAUGAUACAAUAGCAUAUACUCAGGGUGAAUACUUCAAAUGCAGUUCCAUUACCGUUUAAGAUUAUUCGUGCGAGAAAAACAAGUUUCCAACAGUUGACACUAAUAUAUAUGACGAAAAUAUUUUUUAAAACUAAAUUGUCAAAUAUUUAUAAUAUAAUAUAAUUUCCUAACUAUAACAUGACAUAUGCACAAAAUUAUAUUCUUUCAGUUAAUAGGCAUAUGUUUGUCUCGUAUAUUUGAGUAAAUUUAAGCAGUAUAACUUUCAUUAAAAAAUAAUGAAAGUAUUUAAAAUUCGUUAAAAUUAAUGACAUGUUAUAUAAAUUGCUUUAGCUGUCAGCAGUUAUGGUAAUAAAAUUCAUGUACAACCAAGCAGGAUUUUUAAACGAUAUUAUAAUAAAUCGAGAUUCUAUUUAUACUAUCA